AGCAAAUUUGUGAAAAGAAAAAAAUCUGUAACAAAUCGUGUCUAAAACGACGCCGUGAAGCUAUCGUCUUCUUCCUCCAUCAUGUUAGGGUUUUCAGAGCGUUGCAGCUUCCCUUCAUCUCCUCCGUAAUCCCCACACUAAACACCUUCCAUUCACUGAAACUUCAACUUCCACGUUUCAUUAUCAACUCUCUCCUUUUCAGAGUCCCAGAUAACCGGCAAAAUGAUCAACCUAUUCAUAUCGGAGCCAACUCAAAACGUAGACACAGAAGGCGAAUCGCUGAAAUUGAGAAUUCAGCUUUUGAAAGAAUUAGAAACCGUUAUAUGGUCGGCAAUAACCUCCGCAGGUCGCGCAGAAUCUCGAAUGUGGCUCUGUAAAACCAUCGCGGGAGCGCACUGCGUCGCGCCUCGCCACCGGAGUGAGAUUUUCAUGAAUUUACUAAGAACUCAAAAACAGAAGCACGAUCUCGCGUCUCAGCUUCUCAAUUUAAUGUUCGAUAAGUCGCCUCAAAAACUAGGUUCCGUUUUAGCUCGAAAUUCUCGCGUGCUUGAGGAUUUUUUCACCGGUAACCCUAAGCGUGUGUUGCUGUGGUUUUCGUUUUCUUCCUCCGGAUUGGAACAGGGGAAAGGGUUAAGAGCUUUAACUCAGUUUUCAUUUAAAAAUAGGGAUAUUUGUUGGGAAGAGUUGGAGUGGAAAGGUAAGCAUGGACAAUCACCUGCAAUGGUUGCUACGAAGCCUCAUUAUUUUCUCGAUCUGGAUAUUCAGCGAACCGUCGAGAAUUUUCUAGACAAUGUACCUGAAUUUUGGUCGUCGAUUGAGGUUGCUGAGUCGGUGCAAGAUGGUGAUAUUUUUCUUAUUGAUAGACAAUUUUUUGUUAGUUAUUUUAAGGAUUUAAUGUAUAGAGAUAAUUCAAGUGAUGUGUGGGAAGUUAUAGAACAAUUCCUAUGGGAGCAGCCUUUUUCUUGUUUAUGUGAGCAUCUUCUUAUUAGUCUUGAAGAGCAGGAUUUGUUUUACUUUCUUGAGUUGCUUUGUAAUUGUCUUCACCCGAGUAUUGAAUUUCGAUGUUCGGAUGAUGUGUCUCGGUUGUUUGUCAUUGUUCUUUUGAAGUGUGGGGUUUCGAGACCUAUUGACUGGAUGCUACUGUUAAAUGCUGUCAUUGCUCAGGGUAGGCAGCUUCUAAGACUUUUGCGCGACGAAGAGGCCAAGGAAUCAUUGGCAAAAGUAGAUGAAAUCGUGUUGAAGAUAUCUGCAAUCCCAUGUGAUGGUAAUAGCUUGACCCCGAUUUUAAAGAAUAGGUGUAAGAUGGCAACCAUGGAAAUGGUGCAGUGUCUUGGACUUCAAUCUUGGGUUCUUUACUAUAAGUUGUCACAAGAGUGCCGGACUCCUGAGACUUGGGAGUCUGUCUUUGCGUAUAAUCAAAUUGGUUUCCGCAACUCUGAUAAACAUGCACUGAUAGAUGAGGAUGUUUUGUUGUCAGAAGUUGAUGGUUCUGGUUUUGAUCGAUGUCCUUCUGUUAGAGUUAAGAAGAAGAAGAAGAAGAAACAAAAAGAUAGAAAGAAGAGGAGGAGGACAUAUGACUGCGAUGUCAGUAAUGAUGAUGAGCUGCUAGAUUUUGAUUCUGACAUCCAGAAGUCGGAUUUUCUUUCAAAUAAUAAAAGUUGGCUGCUUUCAACUGAUGAGUACAGUUCGGCAUGGAAUAGUGAAGACUUACCUGAGCACCUUCAUAGACUGUGUUUUUCUAGGUGGAUGAUAUGGCUUUUUAAUAAAUGAGUUCAGAGGUCUGCAGCUGUCUACUUUGCUGUGUCCACUAAAAAGAUGUUAUGAUAUCAUAAUUUUCAAAAUGUUGGAUGGCAAGCUCAAUCAGCCCUUAUUUUGGCGUUUUCCACUCAGUUCACAUGUAUAAAGCAUGCCGUGGCUCUGAAAUCUGCCCAUGACUUUGUUGUUGAUGUAGAAAUUUUGUACUUCAUUCUGAAGAUUCCUGAAAAGCUUGCUUAAGAACUACAUCAAAGUCGAUAAUAAUUGGACUAAUUGUGAAGAUCCUGAAAUGAUAAACGCCCUUGCUAAUUUGUUUCAUAUACUGCUACCACCUAAUGAUCGGAAACAUGGAUGUCAUCCAUAUGCUCCGAUUCUCCAUAUUGCAUAUCUGUGUGGCUUCAUAUGGUGAAAGGAUUAAUCAGAAUACUAUGAAGAGCAUGCCUAGACAAGUUCAAUACUUAGGCUCAAUGAGUAGUUUUCUGAAAGUGCAUUCAUCAAGUUGUAUUCAUCUUGCGUGCCACAAUCUAUGGAAGAUUGACAGUUAUUAUUUUCUGAUAAAAAGACGCGCAUGCAUGCUCGUUAUUGUAAGUUUUUUCUUCCAUUUUUGGUGUUUUUUCCUACAUGAUGGGAACACUUGAAUUAGAGAAUUGAUUACUUGGAAUGAUUUUCAUGUUUUAUUCAGUAUUAGGAAGAAACUCAAAUACUAUCUUCUAUAUUUCCUUGAUCUAUAUUUUGUUAAACUUGUAAUGUGCCAUACAAGUUUGUUAAAAUGAUGCACACAAAUCUUUUGAUGAUAACAAUUGCAUAACUAUGUGUUUAGUCA